AUGAUUCCAACCAAUAUUAUUAUAACUAUCGAAUUUAUAUCAUCAAUUAUUUCCCUAAUUUGUCUGCCAAUUAAUAUUUGUUUUGUUUAUAUUAUUUUUAUUGAAAGGUGAGGAAACUUUAGCCAAAACUUUUUGAGAAAAAAAACAAUAAUUUAUUUCAGACAUCGUCCACCUUAUAAUACACCAUUUUUUCGACUAUGUAUUCAUUUGAGUGUGGCUGAUAUUUUAAUGGAAGUUUUUGUGACUAUAUUUUUCAAAUGUUCAGUUUUCGGAUAUUGUCUGAAUAGACCUUUGAUGGUAAGAAAAUUUUUUUUUCGGUGGGAGACCACGUGGCACAGGCAGAUGCAGAACGGCCGGAUACUUGCCAAAAAUUGAAAACCGGUCCGAAACUUGUACGUUUCCGACCAGUGUUGAAAACGGCCAAAAACCACUCGAAAAUCGGCCGGUUUCUGCUCAAAUUCAACAAAAACGGCCGAAAACCAGUGAAAAAACACGGCCGGUUACUGGUCAAUUUUGAUAAACCGGUCAGAAACUGGUCGGUUUUUGAGUUGUUACUGGCCGUUUUUCAACACUGGUCGGAAACGUACAAGUUUCGGACCGGUUUUCAAUUUUUGGCAAGUGUCCGGCCGUUCUGCAUCUGCCUGUGUGGCAAAGUUUCAGCGUUGAAAAGAGUGUAUUUUCUGAAAAGCUCAUCGGCCUAGAAUUGAAUGAGCCUAUUCGCGCUUAGCUAAUUUUAGAAACUUGGAAAGCCAAAACUGAACCAGGCUUAAAAUAUGCUUCAAACCAGAAAAUUUUCCAAAAACAGAGAGGUCUUAAAAAUCCAAUUUUCCUAGAAUUAAUUCUAGUUUGUCUCCAGAACACCCCGAUUCCAAUAGCCGGUAUGCAAUAUCUUGGACACGCUCAAGCAAUUGGUAUAAUUUUCAUCGCUGCAAAUCGUUUCACCGCAGUCUACUUUCCAAUAAAACAUCGACAAAGUUGGUGGACAUCCAAAACCACAACAUAUAUUUUACUAUUUCAAUGGAUUUUCCCGCUAUUUUUCUGGAUUCCUUUGAAAUUUCUGACUUUUGAGGAAAAACACGUGGAUGAUAAGACACAUAAUUUGGAAGAUAAUUAUCCUCGAUUAACAAAACAAUAUCAUUUGAUUAUUUCGGUUGCAGAUGGUAUAUUUAUUAAUUUGAUUGUUCUCAUUUUAUAUGGAGCUAUAUUUUUGAGGUGAGCAAGAUUAUCUUAAUUAAUUAAUUAAUUUUUGCAGAGUGCAUACACAUGUUGUAGUUCGAAAACCUGGGGAAUUGGCACUUCGAUUAGCACUAUCAGCAUUUAUUAUUUUUGUUUGUUAUUUAUUUUCGGGGGUAAGUUCUAACAGGAUUUAUUUGGGAUUUGCGGGAAAAACAGAUUCGCUAAUUCAAAUUUCAAAUAAUAUUCCGGGAUCAAAAGCUACAGCUGAUUUUCGCGCUAAAAAUUCCAAUUCAAAAACAAACUUUCGACAGCAGAACCUACAGUAAUAUAAAUAAAACUUGGUGUCAAAAAUUUGAAUUUUAAAAAAAAAUUAGGGAUUUAGGAAACGCUACAGUAAUUCCGGCACCUUUUGUAGCCAGAAUCUACACGGAGCUUUUCUAAAACCCUAUAUUGUUUGAAAAAAUUUCCCAAAUUGAUUCAGAUCUUCAAUCUAUUAUGUGCAUUCACAACCGACGCAAACAAUGAAUUAUUUUAUCAUACAAUGUGGUUUGUUGUCAAUGAUAUUUUAUGCAAUUCGAGUGCUCUUGUACUUCUCGCAUUGAAUCGACCAAUAAGAAAAGUAAGUGAUUUUGAAACCUAUUAAAAUUUUUUAUCUUCAUUUUCUCCAGGCAUUCGUGCGUCAUUUCCGUUGUUCUUCAAAAUUUCGUGUCAGCACUAAAAAUAAUUCACUUCUUCAACAAAUUUGA